UAGGAGGUGUUAAACAGAAAUUACCAGUAUUCAUGUUCUUGUCUGAUGCAUACGUAUAUGGUUGUUGGCUGUUCACAUCAGGUUUUAUGGGGGCCAUGAUAUCGAAUUUGGCAUUUGUUUUUCGGAACAUAUUUUCCAAGAAGGGCAUGAAGGGCAAGUCUGUUAGUGGAAUGAACUACUAUGCCUGCUUAUCUAUGCUCUCUCUCUUGAUUCUCACUCCAUUUGCAAUUGCUGUCGAAGGACCACAAAUGUGGGCUCUUGGAUUUAAAGAAUCACUAUCUCAAAUUGGACCCCAGAUUAUUUGGUGGAUGGCAGCCCAGAGUGUGUUCUACCACCUAUACAAUCAGGUGUCAUACAUGUCACUUGAUGAGAUUUCUCCCUUGACAUUUAGCAUUGGAAACACAAUGAAACGCAUUUCUGUCAUUGUCUCAUCUAUCAUCAUUUUCCAUACACCCGUACGACCCAUCAACGCUCUUGGAGCUGCCAUUGCAAUUCUAGGAACUUUCUUGUAUUCUCAGGCAAAGCAGUAAGAACUGGAACUCGGAAUUCAGCUUGGUUGAGUUGCAUGAACUGGACAGAAGUAGGUGUCAAGAUUCGUGCUGCUUGAAGAUCGAUAAAAGUUUGUACUGAGUGGAGCAUCGGCUUUACUUGUAGAUACCAAUAAUGAGUUAAAAAACUUGGAUCUUAUACAGAUUAAGUUUUGGUGGAUUUUAGUGUUUUAUGUUGUACCCCAAAGUUGAGGGAAGAACUGAGAAAUUGUACCAAUAAAUAAUGGCAACCUGACUGGUUUAUCAUUGCUUUCAUAUGAAAAAUUUCAUCAUA